CCUGUAGCUGUGUGUGUGGGUGGGGGGUACUCCGGUCCGGGUUUUGCUCGAGCUCCGGUCCCGGUUUUGCCGGAGCUCCGCUGCGGGUCUUGUGCACAGCCGUUCUUUGUGUGUGGAAGCGCGGGCCGCCGUCUGCCGGGAGCCGAGCGGGGAGCACGGAGCUCGGGCCGCUGUCUGCCGAGCCCAGCGCUGCCAUGGCGGCCUGCGAGCGGGGCUUUUCGAGUGAGGAGCUGCUGUCGCUGCGCUUCCCGCUGCACCGGGCCUGCAGGGAUGGCGAUGUGGCGGCGCUGCGCUCGUUGCUGGCCGCCUCGGCGCCCGCCGACAUCGGCCUGGAGGACAACUUCUACGGCUGGACCCCGCUGCACUGGGCCGCGCACUUCGGCAAGCUGGAGUGUGUAAUGCAGUUGGUGCAGGCAGGAGUUGGAGUCAACAUCACAACAACACGAUUUGCUCAGACUCCAGCCCACAUUGCAGCUUUUGGAGGACAUCCUCAAGGCUUGUUGUGGCUGAUACAAGCAGGAGCAGAUUAUAAUAUGCAGGAUGUUGUAGGUGAAACCCCUGUCCAUAAAGCAGCACGAUCAGGAAGUUUGGAUUGCCUUAAUGUCCUUGUAUCGCAUGGGGCUAAAACAGAUUUAAGGAAUGCCAAUGGGUUGACAGCAGCUCAGCUUGCCCUGGCUCAGGGGUUCCGUGAGUGCUCCCAGUUCCUGUGCAGUGUGCAGAACCAUCAGCUGAAUGGUUUCUACACCAAUGGCAUCGCCAGCGGUCUUUACCGGGAUAACUUGAUCACCGAUGGACUAAAUGGCUACACAGGAACUAAUCGCAAGAGAAGCCAUGAAGAAUCUGAGCACAGUGGAAUCAAGAAACCUAGAACUGAAGCUCUAGGCAUUGAUGGCUUCGGGACAACGGCAGACAGUAUCGCCGAUGACAACCUUGACAGCAUUUGCACAGAGUUCAAGCCUGGUGCCAUUUCAGCUGGGGCUGGAGGAUUCCCAGCUGAGAUCAGAGUGGAUCCCACAGCACAGGAGGGUCUGUGUCUCAGCACCAAUGCAGAUGGCUGCAGUGUCCUGGACGGUCUCAGCACCAAUGCAGAUGGCUGCAGUGUCCUGGACGACUCAUUCACCAACCAGGCCUCUACCAAUGGGUUCCUCCACACUUUCAGCUUCCCCCCAGACCCAGCGAAUGGAGUGAAUGGCAUCUCGCAUGGAAUGGCCACAGAAUUGACCAGCGGGUACUGUAACCAUCCUGCCUCGCCCCCCUGCAGUGGAAGCGGAUUCCACAGUAAUGGAGUGGGGGGCUCGGAGAGCUGCCAGCCGCUGUCGGAAAUGUGUGGCACCCUCCACCAGAACGGCAGUCCCAGCAGCUGUGUGAGUGUCAAACCACCCUGGCCCUCUGGCCCCACUGACGGGCUCCUCAGUGAACAUGACCCACUCCAGUUCGGGCACUACCACGGCUUUGGAGACACAGCAGAGAGUAUCCCUGACCUCAACAGUUACAUGGAGCAUUCCAGCUCAGUGAAGGUGGAGCAGAGCUACAACAAUGCAGUCUGCAGUGCAGUCCACCUCUUCCACGGGUCAUAGGGAGCUAGUUACAGGUGGUGGUUGGUUCUUGCUGCUGUCUCUGUCACUGGCCACACUGAUCCUUUCUCUUAUAGGAAUAAAUAAAAAGCUUGGAGUCACAUUUCAACUUAAAAUGGUAUUGUCUUGUUAACCUGGAACUCAGGUUGGGAUCCACAUCUCAUGACGACCAGUGUUGGUUGUAGUGACCAGCCCUCUGCUGGUCGACAAUUGUUCCUUGACCGAGUUGUCAAUGUUUGGUAUCCAAUUGGCUCAAUGAAACUGGGAGGCAAUCUUUAAAAACAUUACGUGUCACUUUUGUCCAAAUGAUUAAACAUCAGAGAUGGAACCCGAAACUUGGGGAGGUGAUGGUCCUGAGACAGUACAUUCUUCCCACAUGAAUGAAACUUUCUACUUUUAAUCAGUGGUUAAAUUCUCACUCUUGGUGAUUUUUGCUAAUCUGGUUAUAGUGAUGAUUAACUGUUGAAAAACCUAUCAUAUGGAUGUAUCAAUCAGUAAUUACUGUUCUGGGUUAACUCACAUGGUCUGAUCCCACCAGGGACAAUCAUGAAGAUUGACUUGUGACUGAACCAUACCAGUAAAUAUUCAUCCAUGGGAUACAUAACAACAGGUGGGAGCGAUGGUCUGAUCUGGGUUUCGGUCUUGACAUUACCAUUUUAUGUGCUGAUUGAUACAACCUAACAACCAUAGAACAUUGAUGUGUGUGUUAAGGACUGCUGACUACAUGAUUAAUGUGAUGGACAUUGUAUUCAGUUAAAGCAACAAACGUGUGACAGAAUUUACAUCGUUGGUCUUCAAAAUUCUCAGUUGGGCUCUGCGUUUAACCAGCUCUCUGCAGAUCUUGGUUUGAUGAGUAUUAGUUAUCUCAGCAAGUUGAUGUUCUGUUUUUUUUUAAAUUUUGAAAAUGUGUGUUUCUAUCCAUUUAUGAACUUCAGAUUUAACUGUUAAAUUUACAUCUAAAAAUGUUGUCUGCUACCAACAAUUUCAGCCUAUAACCACAUGUUUUAAACCUCUAUCCUUAUAACACUGUUCACUGCAUGUUUCACACUUCCCUGCUGCAUUGGAAACUUUCACUUGCUUUUGUAAAACAAUUGGUUUACAAGGGAUUGAAUAAAGAUUUUUCACAAUAUUCUUUAAAAAA